AACAUUACAACCUUUAUAAACCAAAGUAUCUCUCUCUCUCUAUAUAUAUAUAUCUAAACUAGAUUUAUAUAUCUCAUAGUAUAUCACAAUCUUCUUUAUUGACAUACUUUUUUCUGGGUAUUGUUUAAUCUGACUUGUUUUUUGUGGGUUUUGAAAAUAAAGUGUUAAUUUGGCCUUUUAUAAGAAUUUCUUGAAAACUUGUGCUCUGCAAUGGAAGAGAAAUAUGAGCCAUUGAAGGAACUUGGUUCUGGGAAUUUUGGAGUGGCGAGAUUGGUUAGAGAUAAGAAAACUAAAGAGUUGUUUGCUGUCAAAUACAUUGAAAGAGGCAAAAAGAUUGAUGAAAAUGUCCAGAGAGAGAUCAUUAACCACAGGUCUUUAAGGCAUCCAAACAUCGUCAGAUUUAAGGAGGUUUCUUUAACUCGGUCACAUUUGGCUAUAGUCAUGGAAUAUGCAGCUGGUGGGGAACUCUUCAGUAAGAUCACCAGUGCUGGCAGAUUCAGUGAAGAUGAGGCUCGGUUUUUCUUCCAACAACUUCUAUCAGGAGUCAGCUACUGUCAUUCCAUGGAAAUUUGUCACAGGGAUCUGAAACUAGAGAAUACUCUCCUAGACGGGAGUCCAAGCCCACGUCUCAAAAUAUGCGAUUUUGGUUAUUCAAAGUCUGGUUUAUUGCACUCGCAACCAAAAUCUACUGUUGGAACACCAGCUUACAUUGCCCCGGAGGUUCUGUCUCGGAAAGAAUAUGAUGGAAAGAUUGCAGAUGUUUGGUCCUGUGGGGUGACUCUGUAUGUUAUGCUUGUUGGAGCUUACCCUUUUGAGGAUCCAGAGGAUCCUCGGAAUUUCCGUAAAACUAUUGGGAGAAUCGUGAGUGUUCAGUACUCAAUACCAGAUUAUGUACGUGUCUCUGCUGAUUGUAGACAUCUUCUUUCACAUAUAUUUGUUGCCAACCCCUCCAAGAGGAUCACAAUUGCGGAUAUCAAGAAACAUCCAUGGUUUCUAAAGAACAUGCCGAAAGAUUUGGUUGAAGGCGAGAAAACAAACUAUGAGAAUGCAAGCCGUGACCUGUCACUGCAGAGUGUUGACGAGAUCAACCGGAUCAUACAAGAAGCGAAGGUUCCUGGUGAAGGCUCUGCAACUACUGGUGGCCAGGUAGACAUUGGCGGGUCACUAGAUCCUGACGAGGAGGAAUUCGAUUUGGAGAAUGAGAUUGACUAUAGUGGAGACCAUUCUGGCCAUAUCUGACGAUAAUUUAUCUAACCAAAAUCUCUUACGUUUGUAUUGUUUAUAUUUCUGGACUCGACAUUCAUAUGAUUUCAUAAUAUUUAUGUAAUGGACAGAAUAAAUUAUGAAAUUGAAGUCGUGAGUUUAUUAUGAUA